AUGGCGCGGCUAAGGACUAAGCAGCCAUUGACCUCCUCCGCGGAAACCCAGUUGUCUCCGGCACAGAGCAGCAACGUGAUAUCUGAGACUCCCCUGCAUAAUUCGUCAAACCAGGAAAAUAUCGACCCUCUCGCUACGGGAGAAGCCAGCGCCCAAGGUGUGAUCCCUACGGUUCCUGAGGCUACGGUUCCUGAGGCGGCGUGGUACAACAGCCAUACUUGA